AUGUAUGCCAGCUUCCCUCCGACCCUAGGCCAAAAUGUCUACGGCGUUGGCGGAUACUCCGAUCUCUAUCUGCUGAGAGCUUCUAAGUACGUCAAAGUGUCAUCAGGAACCCUUUUGUUACUCGAAAUACUGUCGACCCUCCCCGACGAGGCUGCUUUCGUGUGGCCAGGAAGGAUGAGCAUUUCCAAAGCUCUGUACUUGUUCAACAAGUACUCGCCCCUCGUGGACCAGACACUGGAUAUAGUCACGAUCUUCCAAACACCCGCACAUUUACAGGUCAGGACCCGCUUCCAAGUGUCCAUACCGCUGCUCACGAAGAAAUCCAUAGCUCUGCUUAUCGCAUUACAAGGUCAUCUCUAG